UUAAUUUAUGCUAUUAUUUUUAUUUAAUUUGUCAUUAUUCAUAGAUCACAAAUUCUCAUAUUCAUUAUUGCAACAUGCAAAAAAAGAGGCAAACGCAAAUAUGGGCAAGGAAAUAUCAAAUACAGGUUUAAAUAUUUUUAUCCUCUUUGUUAGUGACUUUCCGGUAUACACCAACGGUAACAUUAUCAAUGUUAUAAUUUUCCUCAGAACAAAACAGAGAAAAGAAUAUAACUAUUACAUAACAUUUGUGUUAUAUCACAUUUAUAUUAUUUGUUUGGAAAGAUCUUACUGAUCUGUUGCUGACCAUAAUAAAAAGUCAGGUAACAAUAGGAAGCAAUGGGAAUAUUAUGAGUAAUGCACGAAAUAUUCGGUACAAAACCAUGGAUAGAACCAUUAUCAACAGCUGGAUCAGAUGUCAAUAUCACAAAUAGUGAUACAGAAAAUGUAGAUCCUACAGUACCUAAGAGACGAAAAAAGAACCAUAUAAUCGAAGACUAUUUGGAUCAAAAUAUAAAACUGAAAGUGGAAAAAGAAAGAAAUGCUCAGAAAAGACACGAGGAAAAAAUGGCCCGCUCAGAUAAAAUUGAAGACAUAUUGUUAGAUAAAUCAGAAAAAUAGUAUAGAUAUCGUUAAUAUAAUAUAUCGUUGAUAUUCUAUAAUUCUAUUAUAUUAUAAUUUUAUUUGAUCGUUAUAACUUGAAUGAUAUUAGUAUUUUGCGUUUUUCUGAGUUUAUAUAAUUUUUGUUUUUGGGUUUAUAUGUAAUGUUUGCUUUCCAAUUUUGCAAAAUUUUUUGUUUUCUAUCUAAAGAUAUUAGUUGUAUGAAAUUGUGAUUAGUGAACUUUAAGUUUAUGAUAAAUAAUAAAUACUAUUAUUGCAAAAAAAGCACAAACAUUGUAAAGACUGUUAGAAGUAAUAGUAAAAAUAGACUAAUAUUCUUCGUUUUUAUAUUUUAAGUUGUAUAUGUACAAGUUGUAUAUGUACAUUUACAACGCACGCGCAUAUUUAUUAUUAUAUCCUAUUAUUAUGUUCUAUGAGAUAUUAAACGCUUUAAAUCCAUAAAAAUAAGGAAUAUCAAAAUUAUAAUUUUUGUUAAUUAUUUGAUUAAAAAUUACAAUUUUCAUUUUGUAAGUAAUACAUGAUUGCGUUACGUUUUUCAA